AGAAAAAAACGUUUUUGCUCUUUGGCUCUUGCGCGCGCAUGCCGCCUAUCUUUGCCUAACGAAAUCUACAUUUCGUUGAAAAAUGGCUUCGAUCACGAAUUCGAAGCAUUCAGAAGUAAACGGCGAUUGUGUUUAUACACCACCCAACAUGCCGUCUAAUAAAGUAACCGUUGUUUUGGGUGCACAGUGGGGCGACGAAGGAAAAGGAAAAGUUGUGGACCUAUUAGCUUUGAAUUCCGAUAUCGUGUGUCGGUGCCAGGGUGGAAACAAUGCUGGACAUACAGUGGUUGUGGAUGGGAAAGAAUUCGACUUUCAUCUACUUCCAAGCGGUAUCAUCAACCAAAAAUGUACUUCGGUCAUUGGCAAUGGUGUCGUGAUCCACCUGCCUGGACUAUUCGAGGAGCUGAAGAAAAACGAGCUGAAGGGGAUGAAGGAUUGGCAGGACCGACUCAUUAUUUCAGAUCGUGCGCACCUGGUUUUUGACGUUCAUCAGCAGGUUGAUGGUCUCCAAGAGGCGGAAAAGGGCAAGAACUCCCUUGGCACAACCAAAAAGGGAAUUGGUCCAACUUACUCCUCAAAGGCCACAAGAAAUGGCAUCAGAAUUGGCGACCUCUUGGGCGAUUUCACAAUGUUUGAGGAAAAAUUCCGAACAUUGGCGGAAACGUACAAACGUAUGUUUCCCUCACUUGAGGUAGAUAUUGAGGGUGAACUGAUCAAGUACAAGGAGUAUGCUGAGAAAAUACGACCCCUGGUGAAAGACACUGUGACUUAUUUGCACAAGGAGAUCAGCAGUGGAAGUAAAGUGCUGGUGGAAGGGGCUAAUGCUGCUAUGCUGGAUAUUGAUUUUGGUACAUACCCCUACGUGACGUCAUCGAAUUGCAGUAUUGGAGGUGUUUGUACGGGCCUAGGCCUUCCGCCUAAACUAAUUGGCGAAGUAUUGGGAGUUGUGAAAGCAUACACAACAAGGGUCGGAGAUGGGCCUUUCCCCACAGAGCUGCAUGAUGAAACUGGCAGGUUAUUACAAGAUCGUGGUCAUGAGUACGGUGUGACCACGAAGCGGCUGCGGCGGUGUGGCUGGCUUGACCUCGUCGUGGUCAAAUAUACCGCCACGGUCAAUGGAUAUACCUCAUUGUGCCUAACGAAACUAGACAUAUUGGACACGUUGGAGGAAAUCAAAGUGGGCGUGGCUUAUAAACUUAACGGAAAAAAGCUCGACUACUUCCCGUCAUCGAUGCCCGAGCUUAGCUCUGUUGAGGUGGAGUACAUAACAGUACCGGGCUGGAAAUGCAGCACAGCGGCGAUACGGGAGCUAAAACAUUUGCCGGCGCAAGCGCAUCACUACGUCAAUAUAAUACAGGAAUACUUACAGAUACCCGUAAAAUUCAUUGGAGUGGGUCAAGGCAGGGAGUCCAUUAUUAACGUGGCGUAAAUUCAUACUUUACGUCCUCGUACGUACGCGUACGUACGUCACAUACAAAGCGUUCGUUGUAUCUGUUUUGAUAACUCUCAAAUACAGGAAUUUAUUAAAAAAUCAUUUUGUGUUAGCAUCCCGUUUUAUGACGUUGAAACGUUAUUUUUAACAGAUGCAGCGUCGGUUUUUAGCUAAAUAUACAUUUGUGGACGCAGCGAUUAACUCGAAUUUUAAAAUAUUUUUUUGAGGUUUUAACAAGCAAUCAUUGAUUUUAUCUGUAUUUUUUAGAAAAUGACUCGAAUUUUUAAUGUUUUUUGACAUCGCUGCGUUCAGAUUUUUAUCAAAUUAAGGGCUUCUAGAAUUGUACUUUGGUAGUUGAAAAAUCACAUUAAAUAUAAUAGAAAAUAUAUUAAUUGCAAAUGAAAAUAAAUAAUUGUCCCACACCGCAUAUAAGAGGACUUUUAAAUGUGAUUUUAACAACGUCCAAGACGUAGAUUAUCGUUAAAUAAGAUCAUUAAUAAGACAGUAUUUUUUUUUAUUUCUAACUUAUGGGCCUCGAAUGCCUACCCAUAAGUACGAUUUAAGGUUUAGGCCCUGCACACACAAACGGCAUACGUCAAAAAUAUAUAUCAUUUUAAAGUUUCACUACUUGAUAAGCUAAGAUUCAUAUACAAGUUCCAGUGUGAACUACUGGAACUUGAAUUCUUACAAUAUUUAGAAAAUCUGCGAUUUGUCUUAUCCAUUGAUUGCGCUAACAUUUUGUUAUUGUUCCGUGAGUGGAAUUUGGCAAAAAAAUACGUAAGAAAUCAAAAUGGUCGAAAAUCUACAGCCUGGCCGCAAAGCGCUUGUCACUGAACAAUUAGCAAAUUCAUUAGCAUUACGCAUGUAUUAAUUUUAUAUAAAAAAAACACGUUAGUCUACAUGCAAAGCAUUUGCGAUGCGAUUUUUGAGGGUAUAUGUAACUGAUUUGGCCGUAAACGCAACUGUACUUAACAUGCAAAUUAAAAUAUAUUUUGGAAUUAUCUCGUUGAAAUUUUUUGAAGAUUUAAUAAUUCGAAAACUUUUAUAUUUUGAUGACAAUUUUCUACAUAUGGUGCUUAAUCAAUAUUUACUUGAUCGUCUUUCUUUAUUGUUUGAAGAACAUAGUUAAUAUCACAAAUUUCGUAUUGAGACCAGAUUACAGACUAGCUUAGUUUCGGUAUAAGCUACGAGCUUAUUUCGUACGGUGACAUCUUAGAUUUUUUUCUACGCAAACAGUAUAUGUGUAAUAAAGGUUCCUAAAUUGUUAAUCAAUAGACUUUAGGCUUCAAUAUAUUUCAUAAAUUUUAUAACAAUUCCUUGUUUAUAGAAACCGAUAAAAGUGGGUUAAUCUUGAAGUUGUUCUUAAUUCAGUACUUAAACAUUUGCAGUACUUUACACUGUAAUUGAACCAUAGAUUAGUUGUUUAAGUUCUAGAUCAAUACAUGCUAAAGUCUAAAAAUCUGUAUGUUUAUAAUAUAUACGAGUUACAAUAUAUAUUGUACAGGUCACACAUAAUUCGUUUUAAAAUAACUAAAGGGAUCGCAAUAUUAAACAAUGUUUUGAGGGUAGAAUUAAAAUCUUAAUUAUUUCUUGUUUUAUAUAGCUGUAUUUGAGCACAAAUUUUGUUUGUGCCUCGUACAUGUUUCAUAUAAUUUUUCCCAUUCCAAAGAAUUGUAUUUUUUUAUGAAUCAUCGUUUUCUCUUUUACAUUCUUUCUAUGUGUGUUUUAUGUGAUAUCUAUUUUAAUUGUAAAUAUUUCAUUACAGUUACUAUUCGAAUAAAUCAUGGUUUAUUCUUUUA